CGUGCUGUUGAAUUUUUCCGUCACCCCCCCUCGGGUAUUAGCUUGCAUCUACCCGUUGGAUCGAGAGCGACUUGAAAAAAAAAAAGAAACCCACGUCGAGUUCUGCGGAAAAAAAAUGUUUUUGUCUAACGUAAAGAACCAAUCGCGUGAUGGGUGUUUGUGAGAAUCUGAAAUGGAGAAGCUAUAAUGCUCAGGCUCAGUCAAAUACAGUGAUGAGAGGCUAUCUUUUUCCUUUUCCCUGUUUCGCGAGUUGAAUGUGUUUAUUGUGUCAAUGACAUUUCAGGAGAAACCGUCUAGUAACAUGGUAAUCUGAAGAAAGAUUUACACAGAAUUACACUGGGUUUAAAAGAAGAAUUCAAGUAGAUGAAUGACUUCGAAAAUUGACGAGUUGAUUGUGCGAGAAUGGUGGCGAUGAUUACCUGCCGAGCGAAAUUGUGUGUUUUGAUGUUCUCCGGAGUUAAGGGGACUGGAUAUUGCUUUCAUCAACUUCUGACAACCUUUUGCUCAUUGUGAACUCCGAUAGCUGAAAACUGUCACUCAGUUUAAGUUUCUUUCGAAGUAGCAAAAGCAAAUCAGUUUCUUCCGUGGACAUGAAUCCAUAACAAGAACUUCCGUGAGAUUAUGAAAUCUAGAUAAGUUUCAGCAAUGAUAGAUAUCUACCAGUCUAUUUCCCUCCCCCCACUUGAUUGUGGAGUCUUGUCAAUUGAAUUUCUGUUCGCUCUUGUGACAUCAUGCUAUGGAAACGAUGCGAAGAGUUUGUUUCAAAAAUUCUGAGGGUUGUGCUAUCAAGCUGUACCUUGCCAUCUGCCUUUCAAUUAAAGAAAAUAUCAUAGUCGAGGUGUCAGAAAUCAGUUGUAUCAGCACAAUGAUAUCCUCGUUCUCUAUCUAUUGCCCCUCAUUUGUUAUAGAUGAAGUGUUGAAUAUUGAUGUUGGUCCUUUUAUCAGGUUGCAGCUUUCUUUUCCAGUAAAACUCUUUUCCUGCCAAGCUAAGUAUGCUGCUGAUUCUGGGUUAGAUGGUUCUGUCAGUUUGAGAGUGGUGUCUCCAACUCUAUUGGCAGCAGAAAAAGAAGAAGCCAAGGCCGUCUUAACCUUGUUCUUGAAAAAGCAAGGUUUAAGCAACGCGGUAGCUGUGAGAACUAUCAACAAGUCCGAUCUUUUCAUCGAGCAUCUUGUAUCAAGGCUUCAUUCUGUUCACAAGUCUCGGUAUCUAGUAGGCCGGGAGCUCACAACUCUUGAAAUAAGGGAUGCGUUAAUUCCUUACCUCGAGUCCCUUCUCGAGGAGCAUGGAAACAUUCUGGUAGAUGUGGUGGAGAAUUUUCCUGAUCCACCUCUUAAAGAGAAGGUAACUGUGCCUAGUCCUCCACCUCUUCCAUCUCCUUCGAGCUUGGACAAUAAAAAGCUAAAAGCUGUCUCCAGAGUGAGUGAGGCUGAUCCUACUGGGAGGCUCCCUCCUCAUAUUGUCUACCUAUUAGAACUCGGUAUGACUCUUGAGCAGAUCAAGGGAAUUACGCGCAGAUUCCCUGCUUUUGCUUACUACAGCUUGGAGGGGAAAAUCAAGCCGGUGGUUGAGUUCCUUCUUGAUCUUGGGGUACCAAAGAACGAAAUUCCAAUUAUCCUCAAUAAAAGGCCCCAGUUGUGUGGAAUUAGUCUCUCGGAGAAUCUAAUACCCACAAUGACAUUCCUGGAGAAAUUGGGCGUGGAUAAGAAACGAUGGGCUAAAGUUAUAUACCGCUUUCCUGCAUUCCUCACUUACAGCAGGCAGAAGGUUAAGGCAACGGUUGAUUUCCUUUACGAGAUGGGUCUCUCAGAGGAGAGCAUAGGGAAGAUUCUAACUCACUGCCCAAAUAUUAUAAGUUACAGUGUGGAGGACAACCUACGACCGACAGCUGAAUACUUUCUCUCGAUGGGGGUUGAUGUGGCUGUUCUUUUUCACCGUUCACCUCAGACUUUUGGCCUCAGUAUCGAGGCUCACUUGAAACCCAUUACGGAAUUUUUCUUGGAGAGAGGAUACAGUAAGGAAGAUGUUAAGACUAUGAUAUCCAGGUACGGAGCUUUGUACACUUUCAGCUUGGCAGAGAACUUGACACCAAAAUGGGACUUCUUCUUGACCAUGGACUAUCCACAAGCAGAGCUGAUCAAGUUCCCUCAGUAUUUCGGAUAUAGUUUGGAAGAGAGGAUUAAACCGAGGUAUGCUCGUAUGGAGGAGUGCGGAGUUCAGUUGCUGCUGAACCAGGUGUUGUCAUUGUCUGCUCAAGAUUUCGAAAAGGCUUUGACAAAGAAAAUGAGAAAAGUGCUUCCUGACGAGGCUGAAGCCUGAGUUUGUUGCAUGUAGCAGUAAUGAGUAUGAUGAACUGAGCGUGGCUUGAAUGUUGAGAUAUUUAUAUAGGUUGUGGAGUUGCUCAGGACUCCUAUUUUCCGGCAAGCAAAUCAGCUGGUGAAACAACUAGCAGGAAUUGUUCGUGCAGGUCAUUCAAUCUUCGAUAAUAAUAGAUGCAUGCAAGAAUCAGGCGCUACUGUGGUGUGUUUAUGUAUCUUAACUGAGCUUAAAGUUUGACUGUGUGGGAAGGUCUUUCUCACCCAAGUUGAGGCUGCAUUCAGAUUUGCAUAGAAGUGGGACAUCGACGAUGAAUAAUCACAGAUCUCUCGUGUUCAAGGAUUGACUGUGGUUGAUUUAGGUUCAGAUUUUGCCAAU